AGGCGCUGGCUGGUGCUGCUGCUCUUCUCGCUGCUGGCGUUCGCGCAGGGCCUGGUCUGGAACAGCUGGGGCCCCAUCCAGAACUCGGCGCGCCAGGCCUAUGGCUUCUCCAGCUGGGACAUCGCGCUGCUCGUGCUGUGGGGGCCCAUCGGCUUCCUGCCCUGCUUCGCCUUCAUGUGGCUCCUGGACAAGAGAGGUCUUCGGGUAACUGUGCUUCUGACAUCCUUCCUUAUGGUUUUGGGAACUGGUCUAAGAUGCAUACCUGUAUCAGACUUAAUGAUUAAAAGAAGAUUAAUCCACGCAGGACAACUGUUAAAUGGAUUGGCAGGUCCAACGGUAAUGAAUGCCCCACCCUUCCUCUCCACAACAUGGUUUUCUGCAGAUGAACGGGCCACUGCCACAGCGAUUGCGUCAAUGCUCAGUUACCUCGGUGGAGCAUGUGCAUUUCUAGUGGGACCGCUUGUUGUUCCAGCACCCAAUGGGACAGCACCUCUUCUUGCUGCAGAGAGUAGCAGGGCUCAUAUUAAAGAUCGCAUCGAGACUGUGUUAUAUACAGAAUUUGGAGUUGUCUGCUUAAUAUUCUCUGCAACACUAGCUUAUUUCCCACCCCGACCUCCUCUUCCUCCCAGUGUGGCUGCAGCAAGCCAGCGGCUGAGUUACCGGCGCAGCUUUUGUAGAUUAUUAAGCAAUUUGAGGUUUUUGAUGAUUGCUUUAGCAUAUGCUAUACCACUUGGUGUAUUUGCUGGCUGGUCUGGAGUUCUCGACUUAAUUUUAACACCAGUUCAUGUCAGCCAAGUAGAUGCUGGCUGGAUUGGAUUUUGGUCCAUAGUUGGUGGCUGUGUUGUUGGAAUAGCUAUGGCAAGGUUUGCAGAUUUUAUCCGGGGCAUGCUGAAACUGAUUCUUCUCCUCCUGUUUUCUGGGGCGACACUGUCAUCCACAUGGUUCACCCUAACCUGUUUGAACAGUGUCACCCACCUGCCUUUGACUACAGUGACAUUGUAUGCCUCCUGCAUUCUCCUGGGAGUGUUCUUGAAUAGCAGUGUACCUAUAUUUUUUGAGCUCUUUGUGGAAACUGUCUACCCAGUUCCAGAAGGAAUUACCUGUGGAGUUGUUACUUUUUUAAGUAAUAUGUUCAUGGGAGUGCUUUUAUUUUUUCUCACAUUUUAUCAUACAGAGUUGUCUUGGUUCAACUGGUGCCUUCCGGGGUCGUGUUUGCUCAGUCUCCUCCUCAUUCUGUGCUUCAGGGAAUCCUAUGACAGACUCUAUCUUGAUGUGGUUGUCUCAGUUUAAUAGCACAGACUUGAAGGAGUUUAAAAGGAGACUGGAAAUCAAUACUGCACACUGCACAUUUGCUCGGAAUUGCACAGCUAACAGGAAAAAAAAAAAGAAGAAAGAACCUUCACUCAGAGGUUUUGUUAGGUUACAGUUGUCACAUUAAUUUAAUUACUGUUAGGUGAUAAUAAUGUGGGACUUGAGGUUAUGGGGGAUUUUACAACUCUACAAGAGGCAUCCCUGUGCCCGACUCUGGGGGAGGUGAAGCACUACCUAACUUGUCCUGUCUUUUCUGUGCCAGUGCUACUACUGAGUAACUAUUAUUAUGAGAAGACAUAAAAGGCCUCCAUCACAGGAAGGUAACUCCUCCCAAGUCACAUGACAGGAUAGGAAGUAAUGCCACUAACUUCUAAAGAAGUUUGAACCCUGUAUCAGAUUAAUUCCAAAAUAGCCAAACAGUAUAUCGAUGAUAAAAAUUAGCCACAUGUACACUACGUGUUUUUCUAAUAAAGCCAUUUCUUAUAUGACUCC